CGCAAGUUGCACUGCAAUUUGGAUGCUUGUCUUCCGUCUUCUCCUGAUGACGCAAGCAAACAAGCUGAGUCACGCGUCUCAUAUAUAAGGGACGCUCUGUCAAGCUCAUUCAGUCUCCUUCUGCUCACCUUCGCAAACAUGAUCAAAGCCUUGACCUUCUUGGCUGCAGUGGCCGCAGUUUCUGCUUCUCCUCAACAAUUUUUAAAAGAUGUAACAUGUGAGGGAGCUGAUAAUGUGACCUCGUGUGAGGCUGAUCUGCAAGUCUGCAAGUACCUCUUCGCAACUGAACAUGAUGAACAAACGAGGAGAGAAAUAUACAGGAAAUGUCUCGAUGUAAACGGCUUCAGCCAUCUCGAUGACGUGGACCCUGAGCUCCUCUUCAGCCCCACAGACGCACAGGCUCUGGCGCUCUUUGGUUCCGAGGAGAACCACCUGGCAGUGAAGCAGUGCGUCCUGCAGGAGCGUGGAGAGGUAAGGCCUGACGGAACAGUCGACCCGCAGCCCUUCCUGGACAGGCUGACUCCCGCCCUUAACGACACUCGUCCUGACCUCCUCGACCGCCUCGUUUCUGGCGCAGAGUUCUGCUUGCUCCAAAGCAUUGAGGAGUGGGAGGCCUGCAUCUUCUACGAAUGCUUCCUGGGGGAUUUCACAACACCUGUGCCUACAACUGUUGUUCCUGAGGAGUAAUGGUUUAAAAUCAUUCCUUUCUCCCGUGGAAAUCUUCAUGUCACGACAGUGUAAAUCAAACUGUAAUGACUUUAAAAGAUUUCGCAUUAUUAUCAUCCAUUUCUUUGUACUUUUUCAAAAGAUCUCCGCUUAAAAAAUAAUAGAUUUUUUUUUCUAAAUACGGAAUGACGUUAAAUUGAAAUGAAAGACCUUUCUCCGAGAUAGAUCCCCAUCAUGAAUAAUAAAGACCAAUACCCUUAAGCA